CUCUUCCCCAUCACCAGUCGCCUGUUCUCCCAUCUCCUGCAGUAUGGCCAACAACCCCGUCGAUCAGUCCGCCUCGGGUGCUGCUCUUGAGCAGCACGGCGUCGGCUCGCAUCCUGCACCAGACAUCAUCACUGUGCGUUCCAAUGACAGCUUCCAGCCUGCGCUUGACCAAGGCCAUCCCAUGGCACAACUCCAGUUGGCCGACUGCUAUUAUAAUGGCAUCGGGGUCGACCGAGACCGUGCCAAAGCCUUUGAAAGCUACCGCAAGCUCGCAAACGACGGGAUCCACCGGGCCCAAGUUGCCGUUGGUCGAUACUAUGCAGAUGGCGAAGGUAUCGAUCAAGACUUCAACACAGCCAUCGAGUGGUAUUCCAAGGCUGCCGCCCAAGGCAGCGAAGACGGUCGACUCCACAUCUACUGGAUCGGAUCGUGCUGCUUCCAUGGCUGGGGUACAUCCUGGAACCACACGAAGGCAUACGAGUGGUUCAUCAAGUCUGCAAACCAAGACAACUCGUACGGACAGUUCAUGGCUGGUGUGUGCUCCAAGAUAGGACUCGGAGUCGACGUGAACCAUGCUGAUGCUUUUGAGUGGUUCCGCAAGUCGGCCGAGCGAGGCAAUCAGUACGGGCAAGUCAAUCUUGGCGACUGCUACAAGGAUGCUUCUGGCGUCGACAAGAACACUGAAGCUGCCGUAUUCUGGUAUCGCAAGUCCGCAGAACAAGGUAGCCAACGGGCCACCAACGAGCUCAAGUCACUCGGAUUGUAGCCCUGAGCCUCGAGCAAGCAACCAGAAGCGCCUUGAAGCUGCGGCAAACCCCGCGGAACAGCAAAUGUAUCGAUGAAGCGACAAGGGUCGAGGAGUGCUGCGUGUUAUCCAAUCUGUCCAUGGCACCUAUCACAUUCCAAUGGAUCCGAAUACAUCCGAAUACAUC